AUGGCCCUGAGGAUAUAUGUCCUUCAACUCUUCUACAAAUUCAAGGUGUUGGUGCUUGUCACUUUGUGUCUGAUGGUGCUGUGGGCGACAUUCAGUUACGUUGUGGACUCCAGACAGGAAGUUUCUAAAGCCAGGAGCAUGAUGGAGUACUUCAGAAAGGUGCCUAGCCUGGAGGACAGCCAAAAGGAAGAGCAGAUGAGAUCAGCUGCAGCAGUUCCCACAGUGAAGGCUUUGCAGGGUGACUGCCCAGCUCGGUCCCCGUACCUGCGAGGUACCAGCAAACUCAUCUUCAGAGCCUCUCUCACACUAGAGGAAGUAGAAAAGGAGAACCCUCAGGUGGCGGGGGGUCGGUAUCACCCUGGGGAGUGCUCAGCCCUGCAGCACGUGGCCAUCCUCAUCCCUCACCGCCACCGAGAGAAGCACCUGCUGUACCUCCUGCAGCACCUCCACCCCUUCCUGCAGAGGCAGCAGCUGGACUAUGGCAUCUACGUCAUCCACCAG